ACUGAGCGAUCAGGCGGGCAGCGGCGGGCGCGCGCGCCUCCCAGCGGGUCUCGGGAGUCUGGGGGCGGGCCUAGGCCGCGCUGGCUCACGUGACUGCCGGGGGCCGGGCCUCGGCCGCGCCGGCCCCCUGGGCGAGUGGCGGCGGAAGGCGGGCGCCGGGCUGCGGACGCGCCGGCCGCGCUUUCGGGACGGCGGCGACCGAGGAAGAUGGCGGAGGCGUCGGCGGCCGGGGCGGGCGCGGGGGCCACGGUGGCCGCGCACCGCUUCUUCUGCCACAUCUGCAAGGGCGAAGUCAGCCCCAAGCUCCCGGAAUAUAUUUGUCCCAGAUGUGAAUCAGGCUUUAUUGAAGAAGUGACAGAUGACUCCAGUUUUUUAGGUGGUGGUGGUAGCCGGAUAGACAGUAGCACAGCAACACAUUUUGCAGAGCUCUGGGACCAUUUGGACCACACCAUGUUUUUCCCAGAUCUUAGACCAUUUUUAAGUAGCAAUCCACUGGACCAAGAUAGUAGAGCUAAUGAGAGGGGCCAUCAAACUCACACUGACUUUUGGGUACCAAGUCGACCUCCACGGGUCCCAAUGACUCGAAGAUACAGAUCACGAGGAAGCACUCGUCCAGAGAGAUCCCCAGCUAUUGAAAGAGUGAUACAACAGAUCUUUGCAGAAUUCUUUGCAAAUUCUGCAAUUCCUGGAUCCCCACACCCCUUUUCCUGGAGCGGGACGCUGCACUCCAACCCUGGGGACUAUGCCUGGGGUCAGACAGGGCUUGAUGCCAUUGUAACCCAGCUUUUAGGACAACUGGAAAACACAGGCCCUCCGCCAGCUGACAAGGAAAAGAUCGCGUCUCUGCCAACAGUGCCAGUGACUCAAGAACAAGUCGAUACAGGUCUCGAGUGCCCAGUUUGCAAAGAAGAUUACACAGUGGAAGAGGAGGUCCGGCAGCUGCCCUGCAACCACUUCUUCCACAGCAGCUGCAUUGUGCCCUGGUUAGAGCUGCACGACACGUGUCCCGUAUGUAGGAAAAGCUUAAAUGGUGAGGACUCGACCACACGGCAUGGCCAGAGCUCAGAGGCCGCUGCUGGCAGCAGACUGAGCGGUGACAGCCAGCCCCAUGACCGAUGGACUUUCUGAAGCCAGAGACUGUCUGAGCCAGGCCAUGGGGCCUCUCCUCACGGCCGUGAAUUGUAUCAAAACUAAAAACCAGUAGGUGGAUCUAGGAACUGCAUAUAACCCCCCCCCAAUAAUAUUAAUGCAAUGAGUGUUUUUCUUCUCUAAAUUUAAAGUUAGUCUCUGCAGAUGGAAUUGUAUCUUCAACCAAAUGCCUCUUACUCCCGAAUUCAGAUGAUUUUAUAAGCGUGAAACUUAAUUAUGUGGGUUCCCCCCACCAGAGUAGAAUCUGUUCCUUAAAGUCUAGCUUGUCCUCCGCUCUGCCAUGUUCCCUUCUAAUGGGCCUUCCCGUUGCCUCCUGCAGUGUCUGCUAACAUUCAUGCAUUUCGUAGUGACCACGGUGGAGCCACAGCCCCAGAGUCCUGCUGAUCUAAAAGUUCUUUCAUUUUUUUAUUGUGAAAAAGUAGUUACUCUUGGCCACCUUAUUCAUAAGGUGAAGUCCGAUUAAUUCCGGAAUCUGUGAUGAAUGAUCUUGACUCUUCAGAGAGCAAGAUUGUGGUGGGAAGGAGAGAAUGGCGUAUCAUUGUGUACUUUGGUUUUCUCAUUCCCAUUUUUAUAGACUGCUCCCAUGAUGCAGUUUCCCCAGAAACCAGCCUGACAGGGCUUCGUCUCCUUGGGCCGGAGUCUGAGUCUGGUCCCUUUCUGCGGGCGAGACGGGCGGCAAAGAGGCACACGUGGAGACAUGUGAAGUCUUCAGUUCUGAGAGUUUUUAGUGACCUUUUUCUGGUUCUGAGGUUCAUUGUUUGGUGGUGUUUUUUUGUCUGGGGGGCCAUGAAAGUCAUUUCCCACCUGGAAGUAGAAUCACUUCACGACUGCUUCUCCUUGUCAAGUCAUUGUCUUUCAUAAUAUCUCGGGUUUGCGGAGUUCAGGUUUUACAUGGUCUCGUAUUACUUUUGAAGCCUUGAUUUCAUCUGUGAACUUUUUCUCUUCUUAGCUCUGGCUAUUCUGGGAGUCGUGCUGACCAGGAGCAUGCUCAACAGGCCCGGGUUGGGGAGAGGCAGGCAUUCUUCUUCCUGCCCCGCUGGGCCCGUGCAUGGGGACAUGCUCUGAGAGCUUUUAGAGGGUUCAAAGAAAAUAAAUGAAUUCAAGAACGUUGAUGCAAUUUCAAAAUUUCAAAAGGAAAUGACGGGGAAACGUGACCCGUAGCCGGGGCCCCCAGCUGUGCUGGGGCAUCUCCCUGUAGAGUCACGUCAGUCCUCGGGCAUUGCGUCUCGGGUUUGCUGACUCCUGUACACUGAUCCUAGGGAUGAGGGGAGAGGGGUGUAGAUGUAUCUUAGUAUGUACUUCUGUAGAUGGUUAAGGACUAGGGGAGGGAAGGGCACACAGAGAGGGACUAGAUGAAUUUGUAGCCUUCCCCUGAGAGUUGUGACCAUAAGGUUUGAUUCAGGUUGGGCCCUGAGGGAAUAAAGAUGUUUUCUC